GGUGAAGGAGGGGAAUGUCGGCCAUUUUGUGGAACUGCAAGUGAAUCCGUGGUAACGGCUGUGCAGGGAGUCGAGGAGAGAGAGAGCUUAUAAGUGGGAUUGCUUGUACCAAUUCAAAAGCAAAGGGCUGCUGCUUCACCAUUUUAUCCGCCCGAGAAGAGCGAUGAGUUCGGUGGACGUGAAGAAACUGAAAGUGAACGAGCUGAAGGAGGAGCUGCAGCGGCGGGGGUUGGACACCCGCGGCCUGAAGGCGGAGCUCGCCGAGCGGCUGCAGGCGGCACUCGAGGCCGAGGCCUCCGGGGAGGGAGGCGGACCGCCGGCCGCUCUCGGGGAAGCGUACUCCGGCGGCGGGGACGCGGGAGACGGCGAGGACUAUCAAGACGAAGAUGAGGAAGAAGAGGAGGAGGAGAAUGGAGAAGAUGGAGGAAUGGAGGGUGAGGAGCCCCUACACCAGGGCUACUGUGAGCUGUCUGCAGAUGGCAUGAACGAGCCAGAGAUAAAGGAGGAGUGUGAGUCUGAAAGAGAAGAGCACCAGGGCAGUCCAGAGGUGAAGCAGGAGGUGAAGGAGGAGCUGGUCUCGGAGUCUGCCCCGGUGACAGAGCCCUCUCAGCCCGUGAAGCCCAAAGUGGAGGAGGAGCAGCGCCACACGGCACCCCACGGCCGCAAGAGGCCGUACGACGAAAGCCGUGGCCACAGCUACUACGAGCACCGCGAAGACAAGAGGUCCCGUUCCCCGCAGCCUCCUGCGGAGGAGGAAGAGGAGGACUUCGACGACACCUUGGUGGCCAUUGACACCUAUAACUGUGACCUGCACUUCAAGGUGUCCCGAGACCGCUACAGCGGCUACCCCUUGACCAUCGAGGGUUUCGCCUACCUGUGGUCUGGGGCGCGCGUCUCUUACGGGGUCACCAAGGGACGCGUCUGUUACGAGCUGAAGAUCAAUGAAGAGAUCUCGGUGAAGCACCUUCCCACCAGCGAGCCUGACCCCCACGUGGUGCGGGUGGGCUGGUCCCUGGACUCCUGCAGCACUCAGCUGGGUGAGGAGCCCUUCUCGUACGGGUACGGAGGAACGGGAAAGAAGUCCACAAACUGCAAGUUCGAGGACUACGGCGAGAGAUUUGGCGAGAACGACGUCCUGGGCUGCUACAUUGACUUUGAGUCCGGGGAGGACGUGGAGAUGGCCUUCUCCAAGAACGGGCAGUGGCUGGGCGAGGGCUUCCGGGUGCGGAAGGAGGAGCUGGCGGGCCGGGCGCUCUUCCCCCACGUCCUGGUCAAGAACUGCGCCAUCGAGUUCAACUUCGGGCAGAAGGACGAGCCCUACUUCCCCAUCCCAGAGGGCUACUCCUUGAUCCAGAGCGUCCCGCUGGAGGACAGGGUCCGCGGCACGGUGGGACCCUCUUCCAAGUCGGAGUGCGAGAUCCUGAUGUUGGUGGGUCUGCCUGCGGCGGGCAAGACCACGUGGGCCAUGAAGCACGCGGAGGAGAACCCCGAGAAGAAGUACAACAUCCUGGGCACCAAUGCCAUCAUGGAGAAGAUGAAGGUGAUGGGCCUGCGCCGUCAGCGUAACUACGCGGGCCGCUGGGACGUGCUGAUCCAGCAGGCGACGCAGUGUCUGAACAGGCUGAUCCAGAUCGCCGCGCGCAAGAGGCGCAACUACAUCCUGGACCAGACAAAUGUAUAUGGAUCAGCCCAGAGACGAAAAAUGCGUCCUUUUGAAGGUUUUCAACGCAAGGCUAUUGUAAUUUGUCCCACGGACGAGGACUUAAAAGAGCGAACAUUAAAGCGAACUGAUGAGGAAGGGAAGGAUGUGCCAGAUCAUGCGGUUUUAGAAAUGAAAGCUAACUUCACCCUCCCGGAAGCGGGCGAGUUCCUGGACGGCGUGACCUACAUCGAGCUCCAGGGCGAGGAGGCGGAGAAGCUGGUGAAGCAGUACAACGAGGAAGGGCGCAAGGCCGGCCCGCCCCCGGACAAGCGCUACGACAACCGUCCCGGCGGCUUCAGGGGCCGGGGCGGCGGCUACCAGCGCUACGACAGCCGCGGCGGCCCGCAGGGCGGCAGGGGCGGGUACCAGGGCCGCGGAGGGGCAGGAGGCGGUUCUGGGGGCUACCGAGGAGGCUACAACCGUGGGGGAUACAACCAGAACCGCUGGGGCAGCGGUGGAAAUCACCGUGACAGUGCCUCAGGGGGCCGCGGGGGCUACAACCGAAACCAGCAGUCUGGUGGCGGCUACAACCACAACCGCGUCGCUCCAUACAGCAAAGGGGGCAGCGGGGGCUACAGCCAGGCUCAGGUAUGGAGCGCGGACACAGCAGAGCAGCAGCCCCAGACUUACAACCAAGGCGCCUAUAACCAAGGAGCCUACAACCAGAGCAGCUACAACCAGAGCUACAACUAUCCCGGGUACAGUCAGUACCCAGGGUACAACCAGGCCUACACCCAGCCCCCUGCCACCACCACCCAGGGCUACACCCAGCAGCAGGGCUACAACCAGCAGCAGUACCAGCAGUACGCCCAGCAGUGGAGUCAGUAUUAUCAGAACCAGAGCCAGUGGAAUCAGUACUAUGGCAACUAUGGCAACUACGGCAACUACUCUGGCAGCACCCAGGGCUCGGGCACGCAGUAACCAUGGCAGCAGCUCCAGCAGUGACCCCACUGUCCUGUGCUCCAACCCCCUCAUACCGCUUAUCUGCGCUGACACACAGCAAACAGAAGCCCGUUUGAAGCAGACAUCUCUCUGUUUACCCUCUGCGUACCAUCAUAUGAACUCCCCAGCUACCUGCCAGCUCCCCUUCUUCCUUUUUUAUCUGUUAUCCCUCUCACGCUCUCUCGCUCCCUCGUGGUCCCCGCAGUUUCCACAGCAGGGGUUCCUCAGGCUAGCUCCCUCGUGCUGGUGCAAGUAGUGUGUCCUGUUAGGAGUCACACCGCGGUCUCUGAGCCAGGGGAGAGAGUUCCUCUCCCCAGCUCAGAUGUCCACAGCAUCAGUUUCUUCUUUUUCUUUGAGGGUGUAUUUUUAUUAUGUUGCCAUUCAGCUUGGAAAUGGAAGCACUUUUCAAGACGUGGCACUGCCGCACCUGCUUGGGAGAGUUGGAGAUGUGCAGACAUGCGCCUCUGACACGCCCACCAUUCCAUUUUAACGUACCGCGGGCUCCACGCCACCUGGCAGCAGACUUGAUGCUGCCAUCACUUCAGUACCUGGCAAGUUGCUGCAGUCGUGCCAGAAAGCCCUGUUAAUCCUGACCCUCCCCCUGGUGGCACCGAUACUGGGGGGGGGGGAUUCUGGUCAGGAUCAAGUCUUGGUGUGACUUGAGCUGGAACCGGCAAGGUGUGGGGUGUAAAUACACACCUGAGCUCCUGGCGCACCUUACCUGGUUAGGCCGCCUUAUGUUAGUGCUUUCAGGUGGGGUAGACCCUACAAGGAGUGCGGCCUAGCUACAGUGCCUCCCUACUGUUUAGUGGGGUAGGCCCAGCAUGCAGUGCAGCCUGUGUACAGAGGACCCCCGCCACUGGUGGGAUUGAUUCACCACGCAGCGCAGCUUGUCUACAGAGGACCCCUGCUACUGGUGGGGGUAGACCUUACAUUGUGUGACCUCUCAUCAGCAGACCUGCUGUGAGUGGGGGAGACAGGCGGUGCCUGAUGAUGCUCACAAGACAGGUUUUUUUAUAAUGGAGGCAGGGCGGUGUGUAACAGGUCUAUCUUAUCUUAUCCUAUCCCGGGAGCAGUAGGGGGAAGUAGAGUGCAGGUGUAGGUUGGGUUUCAUUGUCUCUGAUCAGUUGUUUUUUUUUUAGUCCAUUACAGAAAGCUGCACGCUUGGAAACUCCACCUUAUUGUGCAUUACAGCCUGUGCUAGAGGAGAGCUGGAAAAAAAGUUUGAGCUGUUCCCUUGUGUCUGGAGUUCAGCUGUGCAUGUGUUAAGCUUAAUGCACAGCUCCAUAUAAUCUACAGGUUCAUUGCCCUGUGUAGCAUGAUGGCCUCAUAUACAAAGCUACUUCAGUUUACCAGGCCAAUGGAAAACAAUACCAUUUUCUCAGAGCAAAAUACAGAUCCUGUCCAGAGCUUUAGGGCAGAUGGUCCGAGCCUGGAAGUCUUCUCUAAUGGACUGUUAAUUUUCUUUUUUCUGUGUAAGUUGUGGACGGGUAACCAGAGGGUGGGAGCCGUUAGGCUUGAGCUGACUGCCCUGACCUACAGGAGAUGUCUGUGGAAACAUGGGUCCUUUAUUUUUAAGUAGCUUUCUUUACCUUUAUUUUUUUUUAACGAUCCAAGAUCACAAAGUGUAACACAAAAGGAUGUCGCCACUGCUUCAGAAGCAGUGAAACGCUUUGUAAAACCCUCAUGUGUCCUUCCUAGUUUUUGGUUUUGUGCAAAAAAAAAAUGACAUAGCUGUUAAUUUAAUCUGUAUAAAACCCCUGAAAUUUUCAUUUACGUUAAUCUAUGUGUCUAUGAGUUUCCUUUCUGCAUUAGUGAUUGUAAAACAAAAUAGGAACAUCUGUUCUGAGGGGAGUUUUAUCUUGAGUUGCUUUUUUGCAGGAUUUGUAAUGUACCUUUUUAAAUUUUCAGAAGCACCUUUGUGGCCCCUGCACCCCUUCCAGCCGGUUAAUUUUAGGUUUUUUUUUUUUUUUUUUGCCAGGUUUGUGUGUGUGUAAAUCUUUUUUAUACCAGGUCUGUAAAAUUGUGUACCUGCACGUUGUUCUGUCCAGUCAACGUUUCAGACACAUUUUUUGUAUGAGAAUAUAAUCAGAUAACUCCAGCUGU